AUGCUGCUACCUCGCGCAUUGACCGGUCUCGCCCUUGGCUUCGUCAACAUCAACGUCUUGCCGACUCUGAUGGAUCUUUAUGGCGCUUCUCUAAUGUCCGAGGCACCGCACCAAGAAAUUGUCCUAUAUGACGAUAUCCGCCGCCAGGGAGGUGGAGUCGGCAUCUGGCUGGGAGUCUGGACAUUCUGUUACAGCUCCUCCCUCUCCGUUGGUUUCUGCGUUGGUGCCUGCGUCAUCUCGAAGCUGAACCCGAGCUGGGGUUUCUGGAUCGUAAUCUGUUUGCUGGCGCUGUUUUUGUUGCUCAACGUGAUUGCGCCGGAGACGAGGAAGGCGCCGUAUAGACGAUCUAUACAUCACUUCUUCGACGAAACGGACUCGAUGAAGGUCAGGAGAAGAGUUGCGAGAGGCGAGGUGAAGUUGCAUAUCGAGAAUGAGGGACCAAAGCAUUGGUAUCACGAGAUGGUUGCUGGCAUGAAGUUGACCAAGAGGAUGGUGUUUCAACCAGGGUUUUUCGUGCUGAUGAUGUAUUUGGGGUGGAUUCAGGCACAGUUGGUGUUGGUUAUCUUGCUCCUCGGUGCCCUCCUAUCCCGCGACUAUAGCUGGCCAUCGCAAUAUGUCGGACUAGCCGCCCUUGCAGUUCCAGCCGGCGCCGCUCUCGCCAUGCCCCUGACCAAAGCGUCCUGGUUCAGCCGCGAGCGCAGGCAAGGGCCACGUACCGACUCCAUGACCUUCGAAAAGCAGGUGACCUGGUCUUCGCAUCUCCUCCGCCGCACGGUCUUCUCGCUCCUCUUGCCUUUCGCCGGCCUGGGAUACUGCCUUUCAGCUCCUGGCCCACCGUUACAUUGGAGCGCCUGCGUCAUCUUUGCCGGUAUGGUUGGGUUCCUCACAGAUCUAGGCACUGCAGAGUGUGUUGGCAUGAUCAUGGAGACAUUUGAUACGAGCGAUCUUCAACCCGGAAUCAAUACGAGGCAUCGCGUGCAGAGCAUGUCAACGAUCACGCAGAGGCGCAGGACAAAUUACUCUUCCUUUCCGCGGGUGUGCGCUGGUUUCUUCGCAGCGCAGUCGUUUGGCUUCUUCCUCGCCGCUGCCGCGACUGUCGUGUCUGGCAGGGUCACGAACUCAUACGGAGCACAGACGGCGAUGUCGAUUACUGCGGCCAUCUUGCUGGCUGUGACGUUGUUGUUCUUUGUGGUCAUGUGGAGAUGGAAGAAUGUGCAGGUGAUCCCAACGUAUACCAGGGAUGGGAAGAUGGUGGGAAGUACUGGAGAGAUGGAGGAUCCGUUGUGGAAGCCUGUUGUCAUUGGACAUCCCAGCGGCAAGACAAGGAGGAUGAAUCUGCUUGAGACUGGAAAGUGGACGAGGUGGAGUGAGAUUCGGAGGUUGAAUCAUUUGAUGAGACAUUGA